AUCUCAAUCGCCUGUCGAUGUUGCGAAUUAAAGGUAGUGAUACGGUGAACUUGUUGAUGGUGCCAUUGCUACCGGCAUCUCUCGUGACACUAUGCAUUUGUGGUCUUAAUGAUACAAGAAUUGAUAGGAAGUGGUUUGAACAUCUCAUUUCUCUCCAAAACCUUGAGAUUAUUAAUGCUCUCAAACUCAAGUCGUUGCCAAAAAAAGGAUUACCUUCCUCUCUUUCAGUACUAAGUAUGACUCGCUGUCCAUUACUGAAAGCAAGGUUGCGGAGGAAGCAAGGGCAAGAGUGGCGUAAGAUUUCACACAUUCCCAACAUAGUUAUUGACGAUGAAUUGAUCACAUGAGUUUCCUUCCCAAAAUUCUACCAAGGGCUUCAAGUGUGAUUUGUGACUUGCACCGAAAUGGCAGCAAUGACAUCUUAGUAGGUGUGUGUUGCUGUGCUAGUGAAUGGGACAUCAUCUUCGUUGCAAAUUCAUGCUGUCUCAGUUCUUUCUGCAAGGGACUUGUGUUGAAGCCAAGAGAUCUACCAUGGGAUUCAAGUUUGAUUGAUGGGCUUGCACCAAGAUGGCGCAGUGAUAUCUCAGGCCAUAACAUUGUUCAAUUUCAAUCUCACAGUGUUAGUCCUUUCUGCAAGGAACUUGUUUUGACGUCUUUUAUUGCAGGAUUAAGAAAACGAAGCUACAAGUCUUCUCUUUCCAAAACUAUGUGUGAUUUUAGCAUGUCAUGUGUUGGAAAGGAGCAUGUCAAAGAUGCUGUCUAAAAGGAAGUGAAAAAAUUGGUUUUAUCAAGUGUUUGUAUUUGCUCAACUGGAGGUAGAUUCGUCCAAUGUUUUUCUCGACAAAUCUGAAUGAUGUCCGGGGAAUAUACAGGCCUUCGUAGAGAUUUCCUCGACCAUAGCCACAGCACAUUCAUCCUAUAUUUAACACAUUCAGAGAAGGAGCAUCCAGACGAUGAAGAGCAGAAGCCAUGAAAGCAAGAGUUUAGUUGAGUAUAACAACUAGCAACUAUUUACCCAAUUAUGUUAGAGACAUUACAGAACAAUCUUUUCAUUGAUUUUAAAAAUAUGUUGAUGUUUGAAUCCUUUGCUAUAUGUGUAAGUAAAGAUGACAUGAGUUAAUAUCAUAGUACAAUCAUUGCUAAGUGGCUCAAAAACAAGAUUAUGGAAUGGCCAGCAUAUAGUUUAAUACAAUUCCAUUUUUAUGAGAAAA